AUGCAGGGAUAUUUUGCGAAAUGGGGAGAAGAGGGCAUAUUUGAUUUAAAGUUUGAGUUCGAGCAGUUACUCAUGUUGAUCUCGAGCCGGUGUCUACUCGGAAAAGAGGUUCGGGAGAACAUGUUUGAUGAGGUCCAUACACUUUUUCACGAGAUCGAAAGCAGUAUGACCUUGAUGAGCUUCUUGUUCCCAUAUCUCCCUACUCCAGUAAACCGGCAGCGCGAUAGGGCGCGGAUCAGGCUAACACAAAUACUCUCUGACGUGGUCGAGUCCCGUAAGAGCUAUGGUAGAGUUGAGGAAGACACACUACAAAAACUAAUCGACUCCGAGUACGAAGAUGGCAACCCUACAACGGUAGCAGAGGUAGUCGGGCUUAUCAUGUCAUUGAUAUUUGCUGGGAAACGCACAAGCUCUCUCGCUAGCACUUGGACCGCAUCUUGUCUACUCAGCCAUCCAGUCUUCUUGAGAGCUGCCAUUGAGGAGCAACAACGAGUCACCAAGAAGUACAAAGGUGGGCUAGAUUACAAUGCUUUCUUAGAGAUGGAUACGCUGCAUUGCUGCAUCAAGGAAGCCUUAAGGAUGCACCCUCCAGCGGCAAUGUUGGUUCGCAGGACACAUAAGCCCUUCAAGGUGCAGACAAAGCAAGGCAAACAAUAUGAGAUCCCUCAAGACCAUCGUGGCAACUCCUACAAUAGUCAACAAUAACAUCCCCUAUAUAUACAAGGACCCUCACGUGUAUGAUCCACAUCGUUUUGGUCUCGAAAGAAGAGAGGACAAAGUAGGUGGCAAGUUCUCGUACACU